AUGCUGUUGGAAAAUAACAAUAGAUUAGGCAAACUCAAUACCAGGAAGCAAGACAUUUGUUUGACAACGGAAGAGAAAGUUCAAGAAAUCAAAAUAUUACUGGACACUGAACAUGCCAAGUGGCUAAAACAAUUUGAGCAAAAUCAUACAGAUUCUAUUGGAAACAUUGAAUUAGCUUCUGAUGAGUUGAAAAGGUUUUUAACUACCAUACAUGAAGCAAGAGCUAUGCUGCAAUCCGUGUUAAAGAUUGGGUCUUCAAAACAAAUAAUUAUUACAAAGUAUAAAUUGCAAAAUCAGAUUUCUGAUCACAUCAGUCGUUUAAAGUGUUUAGAUAUUUGGAAUUUCGCUGAUGAUUACAAGCAGCACAACUCCGACUUUCUUAGUCAAAUUUACACGACAAAAAAGUUUGAAAAUGUAGAAUUGUCUACGUUACAAAGAAGGGCAGUGGAGAUGAUUUUAUUGAGUGCCCCAGAGGUAGAUGACAAAGACAAUAUUUUACAAAGGAGGAAAACAAUGUCUCAAAAGGACUGGAUGAAAGUUGAUUUUGAAAAACUAUCAGAGAUGGGCGGUUUGCCAGAAAGAGUUUAUUAUGGAUUGUUUAUACACGAUACAAGAAUUAUUCUAUCUCUAACUAGCCUACCUUCGCUUAAAAUUUACGACAUCAGUAAACCCACGGGAGAAUGCGUUCACACUGAGAUGUGUCAAAACAAACCGUAUGGCCUUUGUCAUAGCGGUUUGUGUUUGAAUGAAAUUUGUGUUUCUUUUGAAAACUAUAUUAAUCAUUAUCGAAUUGAUAUCGCUGAAACCAUAACAUUCACAAAACUUGGGACCAUUCAGCUGGAAGAACCCAUGUUGGCAAUUUCUUGUGGACCAACAACAGUUUUUGCCGCUAAUAAGACUAAGAGAAUGAUAUGUUCUUUGGACUUUAGCAUAAACCAUAGUUCAACCUAUGUAUGUCCUGGCAUUAAAGCGCCAUUUGUGUCUUCAUCAACAAUAUCAGAUCGACAUUGA